GCUACAUCGGGUCGCUCUCCUUCCUGAAAACUGUUCUACGGGUUGUGGAGAAGCUAAGAUCAUCAUGCUGCUGCUGCUUUUCUCGCAUCUACCCAUCUCUCUGCCCGUCCUCCGCUUGUCUCACAUCCCCACAUCGAUCCGAAUGGGCUUGUCUCACAAAGGCUGCCUCCAUCCGCAUCGCUGCUUUCCCUUUCCAUCUCUCUCCAUACCACCUCUCUUCUCCUCACCGUAAUGGACCUCUCAAAGGCCUGCUGCCUGCUCCCCUCUCUCCCCCUCACCCAUUCUCUGCCUCCCAUCCCUCUCCAGUUUCCUUCCUCGCCCCAAUCUCUCUCCCCCAAUGUCUCCUCCCCAUCCCUUCUCUCCCCGUCACAGUGUGCGAUCCAGUGAUGGGGGACGACGGUCGUCUCUACAUUCGCCCCGAGCUCGUCCCCAUCUACCGCCACCAGGUGCCACCUCCUCUUGCCGUAAGCGUGUUCUGCGAGGUGGUCCCAGUGGCGACGCUCAUCACGCCAAACCAAUUCGAAGCAGAGCAGCUCACAGGCCUCAGCAUCCGGACUCAAGCAGACGCCAUCACUGCAUGUGACAUGCUGCACGCAGCAGGGCCCAGAAAGCAACGCUCCCAGCUGGUGAUGGCGGAGGGGAUUGGUUUUGCAUGGGCAAGGCCCUCUCUUAAACCUGCUCCAUCCCUUUCAACCGCUUUCAACCACUCCGUUCAGGUGGUGAUCACAAGCAUGGAGGUGGAUGGGCGGCUGCUGGUAGUGGGGAGUGACGCCAGCAGCCCUGCUGGAGAGGAGGUGAGUGAGGUGAGGCGGCAUGAGGGUAUCUGUCUGGUGGUGGAGGUGUGCUUUGAGUCACCAGGUGUCCAACCACUCAAUCACAUCUGCUUGGCGUGA